AUGGACCACGUGAAAGAGGACCCAGAGGCGCGGACAGAGGAGACUCCUCUCAAUACUAUCCCGCAAGACGAUGGACCGGUCUCCUCAGAAACACCGGAGUUAAAAGAGGAAAUCCCCCCGGAGCAAGCGGACAUGGACGAGGCAAGCCGCUUGAGGGAGCUCCAUGCUGACGUCCGCAACCAAGAUGAUCUCGAAAGGGACAUUACGCGCCAGGCGGACCGGCUGCUCAACGAGCAAGCGGACGAACGCGACAACAAGAGACUAGAAAAGACCCGUCAUGAGAAGGAGAAGAUAGAGGCACAGAUUCUGAGACUACACCAACGAGCUUCACAGCCAGUUGGAACAGCCGCUCGAGCUCGCAUACAGAAUGAUAUACAGAAGCUUGGGUCUCAGGACUCAUCACUGGCGAAAGACCUGGAAGAGAUUCAACAACGUAUCGAUGCCAGACGUGAAGGCCAGGAGACGGCCUCCCAGGUGACCGGGACAGGAAGAAUGCCCAACGAGUCACGUAGGGACUACCUUAUCCGGACCGGAAAGAUUACACCGUUUGCCAAGAUGAGCGGCGGUCCUGAGGAGGGGCCUCUAGCUAGUUUACGGGAUGCUCUAGUGGAUGCAGAGGACGAGCGUGACGAAAGCGAAGCUCUGGAGCAAAUGAAGAAUAGAAUGGAUGUGUCGCAUCGAGACCUUAGACGUCCUGGGUUUGGUUUUGAUGAAAGCACUGAAGUCAGUUCGGAGGCACCAGAGGAUCGUCCGAAGAAGAAGAGAAAGUUGCAACAGCGUAGCCGUGCCGAGGAUCGCCAUAUCAAGCGUGAAGAAGAAGAGGCGGAAGUCCCUUCAGAUCAAGAAGAUUCCGCAAGCUAUGUGGCAUCAGAAGUUGCAGGCGAAAGCGACGACGACUUUGUUGCGGAGGAAGACGAAGAGAAAGGCAAGAAACGUGCUAAGAAAGUGACCAAACCUGAAGAUGGGAUAGAAGAUCUCAGUGUGUUAGACGAUGGAAGAGAAGAAAUCUAUCAAGCCAGACUGCAGGAUUGGGUCAGCCGGAGAAGUGCUGCCAGAAAACGUGCACGGGAAGCCCGACGUGCAGCUGGGGAGGACGAGAAUGAAGACGAACAGCCAGAAGACGAGGAAUGGUUCAUGCCACAUCCGACCGUGCCUGAUCUGGACUAUGACAAUGGCUACCGUGCACCUGGCGAUGUCCAUCAAUACCUGUUCGACUACCAGAAAACCGGAAUGCAAUGGCUUUGGGAGCUCCACCAGCAACAUGUAGGAGGCAUCAUCGGUGAUGAAAUGGGCCUUGGGAAGACUAUCCAAGUUAUCGGCUAUUUGGCGGCUUUACAUUACAGCAAACAGUUCACCAAACCCGCGCUUGUCGUAUGCCCGGCAACGGUGAUGAAGCAAUGGGUGAACGAGUUUCAUCGCUGGUGGCCGCCGUUUCGAGUCUCGAUUCUGCACACCUCGGGCAGUGGAAUGGUGAAUGUCCGCAAUGAGAGCAGUCAAGAAGAUGCGCUUCUCACGCAGAAGUACAGCGGUGGUGGUGCUCGUGGGUUGACCGGGGCCCAGAAAGCGGCGAGGAAAGUUACCAAGCGAGUAGCAGAAGAGGGCCACGUUCUUGUCACUACGUACGCUGGACUACAAACGUAUGCGCCACUGCUGAUUCCUAUGGAAUGGGGAUGUGCAGUCCUGGACGAAGGACACAAGAUCCGCAAUCCUGAUACAUCCAUUACCUUCCAUUGCAAGGAGCUUCGAACACCGCAUCGGAUUAUCCUCUCAGGUACCCCGAUGCAGAACAACCUAACAGAGCUCUGGUCACUGUUUGACUUCGUCUUUCCUAUGCGAUUAGGAACACUAGUCAACUUUCGAAACCAGUUUGACUUCCCUAUUCGACAGGGAGGAUAUGCGAAUGCAUCGAACCUACAAGUGCAAACGGCUGCCAAAUGCGCCGAGACGCUAAAGGAUGCUAUCACCCCGUAUUUGCUGCAGCGAUUCAAGAUCGACGUGGCGGCGGAUCUCCCAAAGAAGAGCGAGCAAGUGCUUUUCUGCAAGUUGACGGUGCCUCAGAUGCAGGCGUACAAGGCUUUUCUGGGGUCGGAGGAGAUGCAGUCUAUACUGACAGGACGGCGUCAAGCAUUGUUUGGUAUUGAUAUACUGCGCAAAAUUUGCAACCAUCCGGAUCUCUUGGAUCGCAAGGUCACGUCUGGAAAUACAAAUUAUGGGCGCGCCAGCCAGUCCGGCAAGAUGCAGGUAGUCAAGUCGCUGUUGCAUUUGUGGAAAGACACGGGCCAUAAGACCCUGCUAUUCACACAACACCGCAUCAUGCUUGACAUUCUGGAGAAACUCGUCCGAUCGCUGCCUGACUUUCAGUAUCGUCGCAUGGACGGUAGUACACCGAUCAAGCUCCGACAGUCGAUGGUAGACGAGUUUAACAACGACCCAAACCUACAUGUCUUCCUGCUGACGACUCGCGUUGGUGGGCUGGGCGUGAAUUUGACUGGCGCCGAUCGGGUCAUCAUCUACGACCCGGACUGGAAUCCGUCGACGGAUGUGCAGGCGCGCGAGCGGGCAUGGAGACUUGGGCAGAAGCGCGAUGUCACAGUUUAUCGUUUGAUGACUGCCGGGACUAUCGAGGAGAAGAUUUAUCAUCGACAAAUCUUCAAGCAGUUCUUGACGAACAAGAUCUUAAAAGAUCCCAAGCAACGAUCGACCUUCCAGCUGAGCGACUUGCACGACCUCUUCACACUUGGCGACGAAAAUGGCCAAACAGAAACGAGCAAACUGUUCCAAGACGCCGAAGUCAAGUACGAAAACACAAAUUCCGAAGAAACUCAAGACCUCAGCAAAGUAACCGGCAUCGCAUCAAUGGAAAAAUUCCACGAACCCGAGCCUGAAACAAAUAGCGCAUCAACCCCGGAUCCCAACGCCAAUGAUAAUAAAACCGAGUCCCGCAUAAUGGAAGGCAUAUUCUCGCGAGCCGGCGUCCACUCCGCCCUAGAGCACGACCAAAUCAUAAACCCCAACGGCAAGCGAGCGGUUCGAGCGGACCCCAAGAUCAUCGAGGCAGAAGCCAAGCGCGUCGCAGCCGAAGCCGCAGAAGAACUACGCAGGGCUGGCGAAGCAGCACGCUCAGUACCCAUUGGCACGCCCACGUGGACGGGGCAAUCGGGGAUCGCAGGACGGCCGGAGGAUCAAAACCGUUCGUCAAUGUUCGGGGGGAGUAGUAGCAGUGCCCGUCGUCGCGCGGCGGGCCCUUCGUCUGCGAACAUAUUGGCUAAUCUUUCCGCGCGCUCUGCAACAAUAACACCGAGGAGUGGUACUAGCACUCCAACAGGUAAUACUACUGCCAGGGGCAGCAUCACUUCUACCGCAACCGACACCGACACCGGCGGAUUUAGCAUACACAUGAUCCGGGAUUUCAUCCUGGCGCAAGGCGGGUCCGCAUAUUCGCAAAGUCUGGUCAACCAGUUCAACCGGUUCUGCACGACACCGCAGCGCACAGCGGAGUUUAAGGAGAUGCUGAAGCGGAUAGCGGUGCUGGAGCGGGGAGCAGGAGCCGGGGGUCGGAAUGGACGGGGGAAGUGGGUGUUGAAACGGGAGUACGCCAAGAAGUGA